UUUUUUAAAAAUUUUUAUUUGAAUACAUAAAAUGGCUGGAAUCGCUGCAGGUCGUUUAGCUGAAGAAAGGAAGGCUUGGCGCAAGGAUCAUCCUUUUGGUUUUAUUGCACGACCUUCAAAAAAGGACGACGGGACGUUGGAUCUGUACACUUGGGAAUGUGCCAUCCCUGGACCAAAAGGAACAAUUUGGGAAGGAGGAUUGUACAAGCUUCGUAUGCUCUUUAAAGACGACUUUCCUUCAAUCCCGCCAAAAUGUCAAUUUGCACCGCCACUUUUCCAUCCAAAUGUUUAUCCGUCUGGGACGGUUUGUCUGAGCCUUUUGGAUGAAAACAAAGAUUGGAGGCCAUCAAUCACUGUCAAACAAUUGUUGAUUGGAAUUCAAGAAUUGUUGGUCAACCCAAACCCAGAGGAUCCUGCACAAGCUGAUGCCUAUCACAUUUUUGUUCAAAAUCGUCAGGAAUAUGAACGCCGUGUUCGCAGACAAGCGCAACAAUUUGCGGAAGAAUUGGUUCAAAAAGAGAUGUUAAUGGGCGAUUAA